AAAUGGACCAAUUUUGACAAGAUGUAGUACCACAGCGUGGCUGAUGGGAUAUAUUCAGUCAUGGCAUCUGAACUUUGUAAAACGAUCUCUGUGGCAAGACUGGAAAAGCACAAGAAUUUAUUCUUAAAUUAUAGGAAUCUGCAUCAUUUCCCACUGGAGUUACUGAAAGAUGAGGGACUGCAGUACUUGGAAAGACUGUAUAUGAAAAGGAACUCCCUUACAACCUUGCCAGAAAACCUUGCUCAGAAGCUUCCAAACCUUGUGGAACUGUACCUUCAUUCAAAUAACAUAGUUGUAGUUCCAGAAGCCAUCGGAUCCCUUGUAAAACUCCAGUGUCUGGAUCUUAGUGACAAUGCCUUAGAGAUUGUUUGCCCAGAAAUUGGUCGUCUGAGAGCUUUACGUCAUCUUCGAUUAGCUAAUAACCAACUGCAGUUCUUACCUCCAGAAGUUGGCGAUUUGAAGGAGCUGCAGACACUAGACAUUUCUACCAAUCGUUUGCUAACUUUACCCGAGAGGCUUCACCUGUGCCUUUCUCUGCAGUACCUCACUGUGGACCGAAAUCGUUUAUGGUAUGUGCCGCGCCAUCUCUGCCAGCUGCCCAGCCUCAAUGAGCUCUCCAUGGCUGGAAACCGUCUUGCAUUUUUGCCACUUGAUUUAGGUAGAUCUCGAGAACUACAGUAUGUCUAUGUGGAUAACAACAUUCACCUGAAAGGAUUGCCAUCUUAUCUGUACAAUAAAGUCAUUGGAUGCAGUGGCUGUGGUGCUCCCAUCCAAGUCUCCGAGGUGAAGCUGCUUUCCUUCUCAUCAGGGCAGCUAACUGUUUUCCUCCCAGCUGAGGUGAAGGCCAUAGGGACGGAGAAUGAUCAUGUCCUACCUCUGCAAGAGCUGGCCAUGAGAUGUCUAUAUCACACCUACCAUAGCUUCCUAAAAGAUUUGAACUUUCUGUCUCCAAUCUCAUUACCCAGAAGUCUCCUGGAGCUGCUGCAUUGCCCCCUGGGGCACUGUCACCGGUGUAGUGAGCCCAUGUUUACCAUCGUAUAUCCCAAGCUCUUUCCCUUGAGAGAGACGCCAAUGGCAGGGCUGCACCAGGGGAGGACAGCUGUUAGUUUUGUGGCUUACUGCUGCUCCACCCAGUGUCUGCAGACUUUUGACCUGCUGAGCUGAUAAACACUCGAGAGCCUCAGGAACGCUGCCAGCUUGACACUUGGUAGAGUCCAGCCAGGCCAGAACAGGCCCUUCCGUCCUGUCCUGUUGAAUAAGGGGGCCUGCAGAACUCCCCGGAAAUGCCGUGAUUGAGCUUCAGAGCUACAAUGCCUUCACUCUUCCCCCAAGUUGGAAUACACCCUCCCCAAAAUUAAGGAUGUUUGUCUUCUGUGUUUUUCCUUUUUAUGUGAGUGUGUCUUAUACACAAACUAUUUAGACAAAUGAGCCUGCCCAAGUCCGAAUUGAAACACGUUUCUAGUCCCUGAAGAACAAUAAUUGGAUGGUAUAGCCAAAUUUCCUUUUGGACACACGUACCUCCAGUGAUACUUUUCUCUCUUUCUUUCCCCAGAGAAUUAUCCCCCCAAGAGCUUAUUCUGCAGGGUUUCUCCCGUGGAAACUUGUUGGUUUGUCAAGAGUUGCAGCAAACCCUGUGCCCUCAGUAGCCUUGAACAGCAGGGUGGGGUGCCGGCGUUGGCGGCAAAGCCAGCCUCCUGGGGAGGCUCCGCGAGGAUCCCAGAGCACACACCCUCUGGAAAGUUACAACCUUGUUGAUAAGUUUUGCAACGUACUAAGAGACUUUUGUAAGAGAUUUUAAAACAAAUGUAGAUUGUAAUGAAAUGCACUCUUAUUUUUUAAAAGUUUGGACAGAAAAAUCACUUUUGAAAGUUUUUUAUUUCCUGAUAAGAUUUUUUUAUACGAGAAGAGUUAGAGGAGUAUGUGAGGCACUGCAAGCUCUGAUCCUUUUCUUUCUCAGUUUAAACAGUUUCCGUAUAAUGAGAAAGUGGAAGAAAACACACAUUGAAAUAAGACGUCCAGUGUUCUUGUUAGAUGGGUUUAUGAGUCCGUUUAUACUGACUUUGAAAUAUUUUGUCGCAUGUGAACAACAGGCUUCAGUGACUACAGCUACUAGUUAGGAUCAGGUUGCCUCUAAGUACGGCCUGUGCAUGGUCACCUUUCACCUGGGCAUGAGAUUAUCUUCAUUUCGACCCUAGUUUCUUACAUACUUAACAUAUUGUUGUGCAGACACCAGUGAGAAAGCCCAGGACAAGCAGGUCCAAAUUCAGACUUGGACUUUUGCAAAAAAGCCCAUAAACGGAAAGUCUCCAAAGCUCCACUCUGCCAGAAAACAGUGCUCUUCAAGGAGGAGUCACGUACUUGCUCUUCCUUUGAAAGGAUGGCAUUUUAAUGUUGCUUUGCUGCCAGAUGUUCGUUUGGUUGCUGUGAAGUGAUUCUUUUUUUAAAAUGUUUUUUAUUUUAAUGAUGCAAGUUGUCUAAAAGGCAGGGCUGAAAGGAGAACCAAGAAGGUUUGCCUGGUAGAAAAAUUAUUUUCAAAGCAAUUCAGACUUAUCAGAAAUUGGGUUGAUGGGAUUUUAUUAGCUGCCCUGACGUUGUAAGGCUCGGCUCUAACAGUGCCAAAAAUCCUACAUAGUUACUGACAAACGUGUGAUCUUUUUACAGUCACACCACCUGCUGCCUGCUGCCUGGAAAGCACACCAUCCACGUAGCGUGGCAAAGGCAGAAAGUUGCCAUGUGUCCCCACGGUAUCUGCCCUGUUCUUACUUCUCCCUGUCCCUUUUCAUAACUUGGUCUAUUCAGCCUUAACAUUUCAAAGGCUUAUAGUAUAAUAGGAACAGAAGAUCUGUAUCAAAAUGUAACACUUCUUUAAUCCUUUGGAAUAAUUGAAGUUUUAACAUAACCUCUACAUGUAUAUAAGUUGGCGGGUGAAAAAUGUGGCAUGAAACUUCACAAAUGUGCUUAGGCCUGAACUAAGUGACUGCUCCCUAUCAUUUAAGUGACAGUAAAUAUGUCAUUACAUCUUUCUAUUUCAUUCUCUACAAUCAUAUAUCUUAGAGCAGAGCUAUAAAAUGUGCUAGUCUGAUAUUCAGGAUUGUCAUUGAAAUGAGGUGUGUAAUAUAUUUGUUUUACCUGGCUUGAAAGUUUACAAAGAUGCUUACAAUCCAGGCAUCCUCUCUCUACCUAUUGUCAACUACAGUGUGUGGAACAGCAGCAGUGGGCUGGGCAGACACCCUUUAGGCAGUCUUCGGCCUUAAUCCUUGGGCACAGCACCUGAACGCAAUUGAUGAGAAAUGGAACUCAUCAUGUGGUUUCUGUAUGGAAAUUUUGUGCUGGAUUCACUGAUUUCAUUCUUAAUCUUUUGAUAUCAUAAAGAAAUGUCAACUGGA